AUGUCUUAUGCACUGGCUACGAAGAAGCGCAAAUUCCACAGGGUCCUCGAUUCGUUAUCCGGUGCCAACGCUCAGAAACCUCCCCAUGCAGAUUCUUCAGUUUCAACAACAAAUGACAAUGUCCCGCCAACAGCACCGUUGUCCGCCGAAAUAAAAUAUCCAACUAUCAAAAAGGUACGGCUGGCGUCGUCGAGCUCCGUACCUGACUCAGAAAAUAUGAUCGUCAGGAAGUCCGUGUCUAAUAUAUCCAGACAUUUGUCGCCGUCAUCAUCGCUGUCGCAACAUCGGCCAAACUUCGUCCCUUGGGAUCGGGAGCGGUUUCUCGAGCGGCUUGAAACGUUCCGUAGGGUUGAUCGGUGGUCUCCAAAGCCAGCGCCUAUAAAUGAGGUUCAAUGGGCUAAGCGUGGGUGGUCUUGCGUGGAUGUUAUGAGGGUGGAGUGUGUUGGCGGCUGUGGCUGUUCUGUUGUUGUGAAACUGCCGGAGGAUGUGGAUGUGGAUGGGGACGAAGAUGAUGAUGAUAAGUUUAUAGAGCGGAGGGAAGUUCAGGCUAGACUGGUGGAGGAAUAUUCUAAACGGAUAACAGAUGGCCACGCAGAACGGUGUCCAUGGCGGAAAAGUGGUUGUGAUGACACUAUCCAACGGUUAACACUUACGAACCCAGAGACUGCUGUAAAGAGCUUACAGAAGCGCUACAUGAAUCUUAUCUUCCUUGAAUCGAAAUUGCCUCCCAUGGAAAAUAUCGCAAAGCCAGACGGACUAGAUAUGGAUGAUAUUGCCAAGAUGUUGCCUCCUACUUUUCUAAGUUCUACCCAGCAGGAUGAAACUGGGGAAACUACCCAAGCCCGACCCGAACAGCCCGCCGAUGCGCAAGGUAACCAAGACGGAGGAUUACCUCAGGUUAGAGAUAAGAUCAGUACGGUAGCGCUUGUACUUGCAAUUUUUGGAUGGGAUGCGUCGGAUGAGGCUGGUGCUGAUUUGGCAAGCUGCAGAGCCUGCUUUCGUCGACUUGGACUGUGGAUGUAUAAGCCAAAGGAAGACGGGAGUAUACCUGUGUACGACAAGCUAGAUGUUGUCAGUGAACAUAUGGAUUACUGCCCAUGGAUCAAUUCGAAAACGCAGAGUGGAGGCCGGAAACCUGUCUUUCAUGGGCCCAGCGGGAAACCUCAGAGUGGUUGGGAAAUCGUAGACCAGGCGAUCAAGACGAUGCAUCGUCGACGAACGAGAUGCGACGCCCCAUCGACUGGCCAGGGUACCCAUUCUAACCCUGAGCCAGCGAACGUUGACGAUGAAGGUGAAUCGCGGCAACUGCGGGACAGAGAGUGGUGGGCUAAAUUGCGGAGAGUGAGACAGUCUCUUCUAGUGAAGGGACCUAAAAAGCCGAAGUAG